UUCUGUUACUCAUUUUCUUUUUUCUUGACAAAAAUUUCUUGUUAUUCAUCCCAAUUCAAUUCAAUUCCAUCAUAACAAUACUGAAUUAGGUUAAGUUUUAGGUUAAAGAUCCAUGGGUUUCCUCAUUCAUUGUGGUUGAGGAUUCACUCUUUCGUGAAACAAUUUCUGAUGAACUGAGAUUGCUUAUGAUUUGGAUUUGAUGAUUUUUUUUUAUAGAAGAUAAUUGGCUAGCCUCUUCGCAAGAUGGGGAAGUCGGAUGCAGAUGAGAAGAUUCUCAGCUACAAUGAUGUGGUGCUUAGACGAUCUGAUCUAGACAUUCUCAGUGGUCCAUAUUAUUUGAACGACCGAAUUAUCGAGUUUUAUCUAAGUUACCUCUCGUCAUCGCAUCCCUCUCAGGAUAUCUUGUUGGUUCCACCAUCCAUUGCAUUUUGGAUACUACAAUGUCCUUUUGCUGAGGCUUUAAAAGAUUUCUUAGAGCCCCUUCAUUUGUCUGAAAAGGAACUCGUUUUAUUUCCCGUCAAUAACAACGAAGACGUUAAUGCAGCGGAAGGUGGAUCUCAUUGGAGCUUACUUGCAUACUACCGCAACGCGAAUCUAUUUGUUCACCAUGAUAGCUGCAGAAGCUUAAAUUCAGAACCUGCUAAGAAACUCUAUAAAGCUGUUGUUGGAUAUGUGGGAUCAUCUGAAUCAGGAGCCGAGGCCCGCUUUCUGGAAUGCACUGAUUCGCCUAGGCAAGUGAAUGGUUAUGACUGUGGCUUAUACGUCACAGCCAUAGCAAGAGCGAUAUGCGACUGGCGUGUAAAUAGUAUAAAGACUGAUGCAAAUGAUUUGUGGUUCUCUGUCGUGAAAGAACGAGUUACUCCAUCUGCUGUUCACUGCAUGCGAACGGAGAUUCUAGUCUUGAUCAGAGAUCUAAUGGCAAAACAUUCAGGCAAGCAUGCUCAAGAGUAAAAUCUGGUUUCCACUAAUUCAAUUUUGAAGGCCUCUGAUUUAGUGUGUCUAGUCUGGUUUAACCUCUGUCUACCCAGUUACUGCAUAUGCAAAUUUUAUUUUAGCAUUUUCGUGGUUGUUAGCAAGUGAAUACAUAGAUCAGAAUAUAUAUAUUUUUGAUGAAUAAAAAAAAAGAAUAGAUAUAUUUUGGUUUGUUUUUGGAACUGUGUAUGAAAUUAGAUUUUCAUUACACUUGAAUGUAGUGACAAGCUUUCUCUGUUACAAUGUGAUUGAACUUAGUAGUGUUACAUUUUUA